AUGGCGGUGGAGGUGCCGCUGUGUUUGGUGGAGCAAUUAGCGCCCAUACUCGAAGUGGGGGUUGAUGGCGAGUCCCCAGCCUGCUUCCAAUUCAAGCCCCUGGCAGAGGGGACGGCCCGAGCGGGGAAAAGCGAGGUGCACCAGAACAGCAGCGCCUCGCGGUGCCUGGUGUGGCAGCUGGAGGGCGGCGCGCCCAGCCAGCUGCGACUCCAGGAGGUCAGCGUGUGCGAGGAGCGGCGAGAGGGCGGCGCGCGGCUCCGCUUUGCCGCGCCGCUGCUGCCCGCGGUCAGCUGCACCGAGUCGGCGCAGCACGGCGGCACGCUGGUGGCCGUGGUGAGCGCCGACGGCGCGCUGCACACCAUCCGGCACAGCAGCAGCCAGGCGGCGGGCGGCGCCAGCCUGCUGCGCCAGCUGCAGGCGCCCGGCGCGGUGACCAGCGUGCCGCUGGCGCCGCUCUUCCAGCGGGCAGGGGAGCCCACAGCCCUGCUGGAGGUGGGCGGCGUUGUGUGCGUGGGCACGCAGGAGGGCAACCUGGUGUGCCUGCCCGCCGGCAGCACCGACGCCGCAGACGCCUUUGUGCUGGCGCCCACCAGCGGCUUUGGCAAGAUGCUGGGUGGCUUCUUCGGGCGCCCCACCGGCCAGGCGGUGCGCCAGCUGCUGGAGCUGCGAUUCAUGGACCGCCGCCUGCUGGCCGCCAUCCACGAGGGCGGCCAGCUGCGCCUGUGGGACCUGCCCACGCGCAGGCUGGUGCACUCUGCAGACCUCCUGCCGGCCAGCAUGAGCGGGGAGUGGGUGCCGACGCUGGCGCGCCUGACAGCCGAGCCUCUGGAUGCCUCCACCUCCAUCCUCCUCGUCUACUUCUCACCCAGCGAGGAGGCCAGCCCCGAGGCAGGCAUGCUGACCACCUACGAAGUGUUCCUGGAGCAGCGCGGGGAGGGGGCGUACAAGGCAAGCCAGCCGGCUGGGCCACGUCGCGGGCCUGGCGUACUGGUGGAGCUGGGCCCGCGGCUGCAGGGUUCCGUCCACCGCCUGCACGACCUGGUACUGGAGAAUGUGGCCCUGCACACUGUGGGCGCCUGGCUGCUGUAUGAAGACGCACAGGGGCGGCGGCGGGUGGACUGCGUGUCGCUCGCCUUCCAGGGGGGGGCCCCAGAGUCAGCGACCCAAGUGACCCUGCUGGAGGAGCAGCUUCUGGACGGCUGCCAGGCUGGCCAGGCGGUGCAGGUGGCGGGCGAGGCGUGGCGGGCGCUGGAGGCGCAGCUCAACGGCGGCGCGACGCCGGCGCUGGGCCCCGCCGCCCUGGCCGCCGCCUGUGCGGACGCGGUGGUGGCUCCGGGGCGGCUGUCGCGGCCCGCGCUGCUCGCCGCGCUGGGCCUGUUGGGAAGCCGCGUGGAAGCUGAGGAGGUGGCCCAGGCGGACCUGGCUGAGCUGAAGGAGCAGCUGCCGCGCUGGGUGGCGGCCACGGCGCAGCCGGCGGGACCGAUCGGCGGUACCGCGGGCGGCGCACUGAGCGGGGUGCUGGCCAAGUGGACCGCCUUCCAGGAGGCGUACGCAGCUGCCUGGCAGCUGCAGCACGCCCCCGUGGCGCUGCUGCAGGUGCCGCCGCAGGGCGAGCCGCACUCCUUGCUGGUGGCUCGCCAGGGCGGCAUGUUUAGCGUGCUGCGCGGCGCGGCGGCGCCCGAGCUGGCGCUGCACGACGAGCUGCCGCCCGCGUGGCAGGCGGCGGCGGAGGAGGAGCUGUUGUGGGCGUGCAUGCGGGAAGGCCUAGACCUAAGUGCCACUGUGCUGCCAGCUGUGGUGCGCAGCGUGGCUGGCGGCACGGUGGGCGCGCCGCCCGCGGCAGCCGCGGGCGGUGGCCGCCUCGGCUUCCCCGGCGGCGGCGGCGGCGGCGGCGGCGACGCGCGGGCCGUCUGGCGCGCCGCCUGCCGCAGGCUGCCGCUGCAGCUGGCGCGGCUGUGCGGCGGCGAGGGCGCCGGCUUCGUGGCGGCGGCGGCGGCGGCGCUCAGCGCGCUCGGCGUCGACUGGCGGGACGCGAGCCGCGUGCGGUCGCCGCUGGCGGCGGUCACGGGGCCCAUCCGCACCGCGGCGCUGGGCACGCUGGCACAGGCGCGCGCCGCCGCCCGGCAAGCCAGCCAAGCCAGGAGCAUGCCCGCCCGCCGCCUGCCGCGCGCUGCGUGCCAUGCCAGCCUGCCCGCUGGAGGCGCGGAGCCGGUGUCCUGGGCGCAGCUGCAGGCGGUGGGCCAGCUGGCGCUGCUGCUGCGCUACGCGCUGUGGUCGCACAGCAUGGCGCUGUGGUCGCUGGCGCCGGAGGACGCGCAGCGGCUGGAAAGCGCGCUACUGCCGCGCGCGCUGGGCCUGCUGCGCGCGGCGGCAGUCGCCUACUGGGCCGCCGUCACGCCCGCGCCGGAGCCUGGCAGCGGCAGCGCCGCAGGCCUGGACCCCGCUGACAUGGUGGUGGCGUUGCGCAUCGGAGACGGCGGCGGCGGCGCCGCCGCCGCGGCGGGUGCGAGGCUGCCGCUGGCGCCGAUGCCGGCGCCGAUGCCGGCGCUGCUGCUGGCGCUGCUGGGGCUGCUGCUGCUGCUGCUGCCGGUGCUGCUGCUGCUGCUGCUGCAUGGCUGCGCCGCUGCCGCCAAGCGCGCGCGGGUGUCCAAGGGGCAGGUCUCAUACGUGGCUGGCCUGCUGCUGGCGGCCUGCGUGAGCUCCCAGGACCUUCACGUGGUGCGGGACCUGCCAGAUCUCCAGCGCGUCUCCCUGCUCCUGUCCCAGCGCCUCCUCUGCCUCUCGCCCUCCCCGCUGCACGCUGCCGCCCCCGGCGCCGCCCUGCACCUGCCGCGCGGCGGCGGCGGCGGCGGGCAGCCGGGCGGAGGCCGCCAGACGUCGCCCGACGACCUGGCGGUGCAGGUGGCGGCGGAGCUGUUUGCGGGGCGCCACACCGCGCAGCUGGCCGCGCUGCAGCGCCUGCUGCCGCCUGACACUCAAGACAUGCGCCUGCUGUUCUUCAGGGCCUGCAGCCGCGCCCGCCAGAUCGGGCUGGCCGCCUCUCCCGAAGAGCAGCGGCGGCUGGAGGAGGAAAGCUGCUCCCUCUUCUUCCGGGUGGCCGCAGUGUACGCCCAGCCAGACGCCUUCCCCGGCCAGGCCGCCGCCGUGGGCCGCUGCGUGCAGCAGCUGCUGGCUGACGCGGGCGCGGCGGCGGCGGGGCCGCAGGCCCGGGACGGCGGCGCGGUCAAGGAAGACGGGCCGCAGGCGGCAGAGCUGCGGUACUACGAGGCCCUGACGACGAUGUACGAGCGGAUGGGGCGGUACGGCGCCGCCGCACGCUGCGCGUUGGCGGCGGCACGCCAGGUAGCUGCCGCCAUGCCGCGCCCGGAGCAGCUGGCGGCGCGGGCGCAGGCGCAGGGGCGGCUGUGGACCCAAGUCUUCAGCUGCAUGCUGGAAUCUGGGCGGUACGAGGAGGCGUAUGUGGCCCUGCUGUCAAAUGAGGUGGCAGAGGUGCAGCUGGACUGCCUGCACAGGCUGGUGGCCUGCCUGUGCGCCGCGCCGCGUGGCGUGGAGCUCCUCUGCCGCCUGCCGUUUGCGCAGAACCUGGCGCUGGUGCGUGGCGGGCGGCAGGCGUGGGUACCCAUGCUGGAAGAGGUGGUGGGCAGCCUGGGGCGCCGUGCGGCGCAGCUGGACCUGCGCGCCUCUCCGCAGCCGUACAAGGUGCUGGCCGACUUCCACAUCUGCCGCAGCAACUACCAGGCGGCUGCCGGCGCCAUGCUGGCGUACGCGCGCCGCCUGGUGCAGGAGCGUCCGGACGAGCCCGCCCUGCUGGCAGAAGCGGAGCACGCCCUCGCUGCCGCCGUCAGCUGCCUCAGCCUGGUAGAGCGGCAGCAUGCGUGGGUGGCAGACCCUGCCGCGGCAGAGGGGCCGGAGGAUGAGGACGGCGAGGGCGCGCCGCCUGUGCUCACGCUGGGCGCGCUACGGCGGGAGUAUGCUGUGGUGCGCGGCCACGCGGCGCUGGCGGCGGCCAUGCCCGGCGGCGAGCGCGGCACUGCGCUGCUGGCGGGCGGCGGCGCGCGGGCGGGCGGCGACGCGGCGCGCGGCGAAGGCGCCGAGGCCGUCCUUUCGCAGCUGCUGGCGCUGGGCCUGCACGACGCCGCCUUCCAGCUGGCUGAGGCAGCGUUUGUGGGCAGCCAGCUGACGCGGGCGCUGGAGCGCUGCUUUGCCUCGCUGGCGGCCGCCUGCGUGGCAUGCCAGCUGGCGCUCGGCUCCCCCUCCGCCUGCUCGGCAGCUGCCGGCGUGGGCUCCCCAGCGGCGCUGCUGUCGCCAGGAGGGGACGAUAUGGACACGGAUGAGGCGGCAGGGGCGGGAGCUGCGGCGUCGGGCGGCGGCGGCGACGGCGGCGCGGCGGCGGCGGCGGCCGAGUGGCGGCGGCUAAAGGAUUGGCUGCACAGGCACGAGGGCGGCGAGCACCGCUUCCGCCUGCACCUCGUCAUCCUGGACGCGCUGCUGAGCGGCGAGCCCGCCUUCAUGCUGCCUCCCUGGCUCAUGGCGGCCUUCCGGGUGCGGCGCCGCGCGGCUCGGCUGCUGCUGCUGCCGGCCCGCACGCUGCGUGCGGGGGCUCCCGGCGCCGACCUCGGCGGCGCGCUGCGGGUGCUGAUGCGGCACGAGCGGCUCCGCGACGCGGCGCAGCUGGCGGCGCGGCACCUGCAGCAUGCGCUGACCAGCGUGCCCAGCGUGGGCAUGUCGCGCACAGCACAGGUCUACUUCCCGCAGGCGCAACUGGAUGAGCUGGUGGCGCGUCUGGGUGGCGCGGGCGGGGAGGGGCUGGCGCGGGAGCGGGAGCAGGUGGCCGAGCUGCUGCGGCGCGUGCGGGGGGCGGCGCGGGGCCAGACCGACGUCAUCCAGCAGCUGUACGCGCACUGA